UCCUCCAUUGGAGUUAGCUGAGGUCAGCCCCUGCCAGCUCCCCGGGCCUGGGAGGUGGUGGCUGAGAGGGGAGGAGGAAGCUCAACAGAGAGGGGAAGGCUUCAGGCUCUCCGCUGUGCUCCCCAGCCCCAGCCCCUCUGGACUUUGAUCUGCAAAGGCUGUGCAGGUCCUGCCCAGCUGAGGAGGAAGGCAGGGGGAGACCUCCAGACACAUCCAACCCCUGCUUGGCUGGAGUCAGCCUGCAGGUGCCUGCCCAGCUGCUGCUGCCAACUCAUCCCUCGGCAGCUCCAAGGCCUGCAGUUUCCACUCUCAACAGGGAAUCCUCUCCCCCCCUGCUGAUUUUCUGCAGCCCUCCUGGCACCCAGGAUGGAGAGAGAAGAGGCUCUGCUGCUGGGCAGUGAGGUGGAGCAGGUGUGUGAAAGAGCCGAUGUGAUCCUGGACCCUGACACCGCCAACCCCCUGCUGGUGCUGGCCGGGGACGGGCGCGGCGUGGGCCGUGGGCACACCUGGCGCCAGCUGCCCGACGCCCCCCAGCGCUUCGACACGGAGCCCUGCGUGCUGGGCUGCCAGGGCUUCAGCAUGGGCACGCACUGCUGGCAGGUGGAGGUGGCCGAGGCGGGGGACUGGUGGGCGGUGGGGGUGGCCCAGGACUCUGUCAGGAGGAAAGGGGUGCUCAGGUUUACCCCCCAGGAGGGGAUCUGGGCCGUGGGGCAGUGGUUUGGGCAGUACCAUGCUUUCACCGACCCUGACUGGACACCCCUGAGCCUCGCCUGCCCCCCCAGGGCCAUCCAGGUCUGCCUGGACUUCAGCAAGGGGCAGGUGGCAUUUGCUGAUGCUGAGAGCCAAGCCCAGCUCUUUGCUUUCUGCCUGGCACCGUGCCCUGGCGGCAGCCUGCGCCCCUGGCUCUGGGUGGGGGCCGACUCCUGGCUCAAGCUGUGUCCCUGAUGUGGAGGCAGCAAGAGUGGGUUUGGGGUGGGGGGACACUGGAAAGGUGAACAUCAUCAUCUUGGGUCUUGGUGCUGGGAGUGUCUUGUGUCCUGCCACCUUCCUCUGCCCAGCAGGUGGGAGGUAGAUGCCACCCAAGAGCCUCCUCCGUGCCCUCUGCCCUACAGCUGGCACUGCAGAGACAACAGAGCGCCGAGACUCAGUGCAUGGAGGAGCUUGGUGCCAGGCGGCCCCAGGGCAGAGAGGUGGCACCGGGAGCUGCCCUGUAGAAGGCCACAGCUCCUCGGGAGGGCUGCAGUGGUGCCCAGGGCUCAGCUGAGCUUAGUGCUGAAGACAAACCCCCGAAGGGCACUGGGUCUGGGGCUCCUGAUAGCCUUUAUCUGCUGCACCCCCACAGCCUCUCCUGGCCUUAUCUCUGCUGCCCUGCGGUGGGCACACUGCUCUGGGCAGGGCACCAGCAGCAGCACAAGGGGUGAGAAGUGUCUCAAGUCCAGAGGUGAGGCAGCUGCCACAGAUGUGCUGCUCUCUGAUCUCCCCCAUCAAAGCCUCCUCCUCCUCCUCCUCCUCCUCCUCCCCCUCC